AUAUAUAUAUAUAUAAACCUUUUAUGCCACUCUUCUCCACUACCGCCCCCUUUGCCAUUACUGCAGCUCAAAGCAGAUUGCUUCGUCUCUAAAUUCUAAGGUUGCUGUGUUUUUUUGGGUUUAACAUUUACCAAGAAAGAAAUAUGUCAGGAGAGGAUGCUGCUGUUCCUGUUGUCGCUGCCGAGACUCCUGCUCCAGCACUUGGGGAGCCCAUGGACAUCAUGACCGCACUGCAGCUGGUGCUAAGGAAGUCUAAAGCUCAUGGAGGACUUGCUCGAGGACUCCAUGAAGGUGCAAAGGUGAUUGAGAAGCAUGCUGCACAGCUUUGUGUGCUAGCUGAGGACUGUGACCAGCCAGAUUACGUCAAGCUGGUGAAAGCACUUUGUGCUGAUCACAAUGUCAGUUUGAUUACAGUUCCCAAUGCAAAAACUCUUGGCGAGUGGGCUGGUUUAUGCAAAAUUGAUUCUGAAGGGAAAGCAAGGAAGGUUGUUGGUUGUGGCUGUGUUGUCGUGAAGGAUUAUGGUGAAGAGACUGAGGGUCUCCAUAUCGUCCAAGAGUACGUGAAGUCUCAUUAAAUAGAAGGUUGAGAUGGAGCUUUAGGGGACCAUGAGGCUAGAUAAGUCUGAUAUGGAGCUUUAGGGGAACUAUGAAGCUAGAGAUUCCAUGAGACUAUCUUUUUGGCAUUUAUUUAGAGUUGAAUUUUUGAGAUUUCAAACAAUGUUGCCUUAUUAUUGUGUUACUUCAAAUUUUGUUUUCCCUUCUGGGAAGAUCUAAUAGUUUGAAACUGCCCUCUAGUUUAUAAUCUUGUUGCCCUCAUCAGCUUAAAAAAUAUUCAUUUCUUAAAAAAACAUUAGCUUGGUUUAUACUGAUAUAGGCCAUGUUAAGUCUUUA